AUGCAGCUCCGGCUUCCGCUAGUCAACGUAGAGCGAGACGUGAGUGGUGCAUCUUUGUACGAGGCGUUACAGGGAGUGGGCUUUGCAUAUAUUGUCGCUGAUGAGACCGUAUAUACCGAAGCGUUUCAAAGUGUGCUUGACGCGGCACGAGAAUUUUUUCGUCAACUAACAGCAGCGGACAGGAGCAAACUCGCUCGCGGCAACUGGUUGGCUCCUAACGCGGGAUACGUAGCUGUUGGUGUGGAAGCACUGGCACCCGAGUCGGGUCUCUCGGAUCCAAAGGAAGCGCUGAACUUCGUCUACGGGGCACGAGUCGAGCCGUUGGAGGCAUCGCUGUCGCACAGUCUGCUUUCAGCGAAACGCGCUUUCGAUCGUGUUGUUCUGCGUAGGUUAGUACCACUUCUCGUGCAACGAUUGGGCACAGCGCUUGAGCGACAUGGCUGCGGUCCCAUUGCUACGGUGUUUUGCAGGGCGCAUGCAUUCGUAGACCUUGCUGCUGGACAUACACCCGAGCACCGUUGCGCCUGUCCCGACUUGUCGCGAUGCACGCGUUCCGAGGACACAGGCGCUCGGAGUGCAGCACCCUUGAUGAAGGUGCAUGAGCACUCACCUGACGCUGGUGCCCGCUGUUCGCUGGAGCGUGGGGAAAUGAUGCGGCUUUCGACGUGUCAAGAACAAAUUCCGGCAGCGCCAGGAGGCGAUCGUGAGACGCGGACGCAAACGAGCAAAGGCACCGUCUCGCCGGACCUGCGAGUCUGCAUGAAACAACCUGCUCUAGCUGGACAUACUACCAUUGAUCGGGGUUGCGAAAUACGAGAGAUUUCGGAUAGCGACUCCCGGAAUCUGGCCUUGGACUGCGCUAUGCUACCACCAGGCAUCGCUCGGGGAGAGCGCGGCCCUCCCGAAGAAAACAAAGCACCCUCCGUGCUCGCCACGACGCUGAGGCUGCUGCAUUACCCACCAGUUCCGCUAACACAGGUGCCACAUGCAACAUGCGGUACCUCAAACGAGAGAACCUCCGAAAUCGUACUCGCCGGAGCACAUAGUGACUAUGGCACGUUCACCCUGCUUUACCAGGAUGAAGUUGGUGGUCUCCAGCUCAAGAUCGGAGAUCACUGGGUGGACAUUGAGCACGAUCCAACGCGUGCCCCGGGACUCGUGUUUAAUGCAGGUGACGUACUCUCCAUCUGGACCAGAGGCAGGAUCUCAUCAACAAAGCACCGCGUUGUGGCUCGCCCGGAGCAGACGGCACGCAACGACGCAACCAAACUGUCAGGCCGCCCAGGCGGUGCUCGUUAUUCGGCAGAACGCUUCUCCGUAGCGCUCUUCGUGCAUCCGCUAGAUGAAACCAUAGUUGAUGAACUGAACGCGCGCACCGCAGCGCAGGUGCUCCACGAGCGUCUACAGCGAACCUAUCGAUACGAGUAG